CGGAGACGUCUUGGAUGCGACUGAUUGAGGUUUGAUUUGACCAAACGAAGGAAGUAAAGUGCAGCGGGGUCUGGGUGCAGCAGUAGCUAUCACACACCGUUCAUAUGUAAAUUCUGCCACAUUAUAUCAUGGAUUAUCAGAAAUUCGACAAUGAUGCUGAGGAGGAUGACGACUCAGCAAAGGAGACAACACAGGAUGAAGUUCGUAUCGAAGUUGAGGACAUCAAAACUAAUCAGCCUGAGUUCUUUGCUAAAGAGAAGAGACAAAAUGCCACAUACAUAGAUGAUCCAUCAGCUCUGCACCCUCCUAAAACUCGCUUAGAGGCUGUACAGAGGAAGGUCCAGUCGGUAGUUGAGCACAUAGCAUUUCGUCUAGCCACAGUUUUCCUGAUUGUGUUAGACUUCAUCCUGGUCAUCAUAGAACUUUCCAUUGAUCCAUGUGAUAAUGGAAAUGGAAUGGAAGUUGUGUCACAUAUCAUCAUAACUUAUUUCGUGAUUGAGGUGUGUGCUCGGAUUUUCUAUAAAGGAGCUGACUUUUUCCGAAGUUGGAUCGAUGUUGUGGAUAUGGUGAUCGUGCUCAUAUCAUUUAUCGUUGAAAUGGUGUUUGCUGGAUUGUCAGGAAUGAAUCGCUGUAACAAAAUCUCUUAUGCCAAAUUGCUGGUGAUUGGGCGAGCAUUCCGGAUUUUCCGCAUCGUCAGAACAAUGUACUUCUUAUUUACACAAAAGAGACAGGUGGCUCAAGCAUCAAGGAAAAUUGUGUCACAGAACAAACGUAGAUAUCAGAAGGAUGGAUUUGACCUUGACCUUUGUUAUAUUACAGAGCGGGUUAUAGCCAUGUCCUUUCCAUCUAAAGGCCUCAUGGCAAUGUACAGGAACCCAAUCAGGGAGGUGGCUAGAUUUUUAGACACAAAGCACAGAGACCACUACAAAGUGUAUAAUUUAUGCAGUGAGAGAGAUUAUGAUGAGUCACUGUUUCAUGAUCGUGUGGAGAGAAUUCAUAUUGAUGACCAUAAUGUGCCGACUAUUCACGAUAUGAUAAAAUUUGCUGCAAGUGCCAAAGAAUGGAUGAGUGAGGACGAGAAUAACAUCAUAGCUGUACACUGUAAGGGCGGUAAGGGGAGGACUGGUACCAUGAUCUGUGUCUGGCUCGUGGAGAGUGGCUUGUUUGAACAAGCACAGGACAGUUUAGAUUAUUUUGGUGAUAGGAGAACAGAUUUGAAUGUCGGAACAAAGUUUCAAGGCGUGGAAACACCUAGUCAGAGUCGUUAUGUGGGAUAUUUUGAGAUUAUUAAGAAGGAGUUGGGUGGAGAAGCCCCUCGAUCUAAACGGUUGAAAAUGAAGUCUGUGAAGAUAGCAGGGUUAAGGGGUGUUGGGAAGGGAGAUGGCAGUGACUUCAGCAUGGAGAUCUACAUGGAUCGUGAACUGAAGUUUGACUGUAACUUUGGUGCCAGUAGGAACUGUCAGGUGAUGCGCUAUGCUGAUGCAGAGACUGUAGUCUGUAACUUGACCAAUGCACCAGUCCUGGAAGGAGAUAUCAAAGUCCGCUUUACCUGUACAUCUAAUAUACCCAGGGGAUAUGAAAAUUGUCCAUUUUACUUUUGGUUCAACACUUCAUUCAUUGAGGAGAACAGGCUGCAUUUGCUGAGGCAAGAGCUAGAUAACCCUCACAAGAAGAAAACCUGGCACGUGUUCAAGGAGAAUUUUGUCAUUGAUGUCACCUUUGAAGAUGCAGAAUGAAAGAAAAUAUAUGAUCCGUGUGGUAAUAUCUACAUGUACAACUGUUAAACACCAACAUAGGAUAGCAUGAUAUCCAGCUAUAGUCUGGUUUUAUGUUUAAAUUCUAUUUUCAAAAACCAUAUCAUAUACAUUUUAUAUUUUAAUACUAAUGUUCGGUAAUUUCCUGUUAAUAAGUCAUAUAAAAGAAAAUAGUCUUUUUUACCCCAUGUAUUUGAACUUUGUUAGCGAGAUUCUUCACGCCCAUGUAUACAUCUAUACAGAUACAUUCAUCUAAUUCUACAUGUAUGUACUUUGUUCUCGUUAUUGUUAACCAUGUAUGUUGUUU